AUGGGGGCAGGGAUCGGCUUGGAAAUCAACGUGGUUGUCCCCGCCAGGCCAGGGAAGGUUGGAGCAGCCCCCAGGGAGGGGGGCACUAGGUGUCAUUGUGCCCGAUGUCUGGCUCCCCUGCAGGAGGGAGGCUCCAGGGAUCCCGGCUGGGUCGCACCCAGCUACCGCACCGUGACCUCCGCGGGCUGUGCCGGCUCCCGGCGCCUCUGCCCGCAGCGCUCGCCGUCGGGCUACGGCUCCGCUGCCGCCACGCCUCGCGCCCGGCACUCGCCGCCCCAUGCUGGUGCACACCUACUCCGCCAUGGCACCCCUCUCCUUCCCCAGGAGCGCCCCGACGGUCUGGGAGCAGCUGCCGGCGGGGCCCGCCUGUCGUCUCUGCCCCAGGCGGCCUACGGGCCGGCGCCCCCGCUCUGCCACACGCCGGCCGCCACAGCUGCCGCCGAAUUCCAGCCGCCCUACUUCCCGCCGCCCUACCCGCAGCCACCGCUGCCCUACGGUCAGGCGCCCGACGCCGCCGCAGCCUUUCCCCACCUGGCAGGGGACCCAUAUGGCGGCCUGGCGCCCCUGGCGCAGCCGCAGCCUCCUCAGGCCGCCUGGGCCGCGCCCCGCGCAGCCGCCCGCGCCCACGAGGAGCCUCCCGGCCUGCUGGCACCGCCCGCCCGCGCCCUGGGCCUUGACCCGCGCCGUGACUAUGCCACUGCCGUGCCCCGGCUCCUGCACGGCCUGGCCGACGGCGCGCACGGCCUGGCAGACGCACCGCUCGGCCUUCCGGGGCUGGCGGCGGCCCCCGGUCUGGAGGACCUGCAGGCAAUGGACGAGCCGGGAAUGAGCCUCCUAGACCAGUCCGUGAUCAAGAAAGUGCCCAUCCCCUCCAAAGCCAGCAGCCUCUCAGCCCUCUCCUUGGCCAAAGACAGCCUGGUGGGCGGCAUCACAAAUCCUGGUGAGGUCUUCUGCUCCGUGCCCGGCCGGCUUUCACUGCUCAGCUCAACGUCCAAGUACAAGGUGACGGUGGGGGAGGUGCAGCGGCGACUCUCGCCUCCCGAGUGCCUCAACGCCUCCCUCCUGGGGGGUGUCCUCCGCAGGGCCAAGUCCAAAAAUGGGGGCCGGUGUUUGCGGGAACGGUUAGAGAAGAUUGGGCUCAACCUGCCAGUUGGCCGUCGCAAGGCCGCCAAUGUGACGCUGCUGACUUCGCUAGUGGAAGGAGAGGCCGUGCACCUGGCCCGAGACUUCGGUUACGUCUGUGAGACGGAGUUCCCAGCCAAGGCAGCUGCCGAGUACCUGUGCCGACAGCACGCUGACCCGGGGGAGCUGCACAGCCGCAAGAGCAUGCUGCUGGCUGCCAAGCAGAUCUGCAAGGAGUUUGCAGACUUGAUGGCUCAGGACCGCUCACCGCUGGGCAACAGCCGCCCAGCACUCAUCCUGGAGCCCGGAGUACAGAGCUGCUUGACACACUUUAGCCUCAUCACCCAUGGCUUCGGUGGGCCUGCCAUCUGUGCUGCCCUCACUGCCUUCCAGAACUACUUGCUGGAGUCACUCAAGGGGCUGGACAAGAUGUUUCUAAGCAGUGUGGGCAGUGGGCAUGGUGAAACCAAGGCUUCGGAGAAGGAUGCCAAGCAUCGGAAAUAACUGCUUCUCCCACCCCAUCCCUAAGGGGCUCCCAGGCCCUGAAAUAGGGACUUAGCUCUUGGGGGUGGGCCUGGAAGGACUGAAAGGUGGGAUUAGAGUCAGGCCAGAAAGAGAACAUUCAUCCAGAGAUCCCAGAGUUGGGGAUCUGGCUUGGAGUAAGGGAGGGUGGCCUCUCUGUGGUGGUGUGUUGGUAAGUUAAGGGCCCAGGUAUUUGUCUCAUGUGUGCAAUUUUCUGACCUUUGAUGGUUGAGAAGGGUUUGGACAGAAAAUUGACAUGAAAAGAUCUGGCUCAUGGGGCAGAGCCCUUUCCAUUAGCGUGGCUGGGUGGCCGUGGGUGCUUCUAGAGGCCAAAGCCUUUGUGUUUUUCACUGGUGGCAGGAGGAAAAUUGAUAAAUCAGAGGUGCUACUGAGGAGUUGGUGCCCCUCAUUCCAGAAUCUCCUACCCCCAGAAAAGGGGUGCUGGAGGGAGGCCCCAGUGGACUCUUCGUACCCUUCCUACUCUCAGAGAGAAGUGGGCAGGAGGGGUCCUCAAGGAACAAAGAAGAUAAAGCACAAAUUGCAGAACUUGAAUCCAGGCUGCUGCUCAUCAUAGUCCUGUUACUGUCUGUCCUAUUUAUUUAUGUAUGUUGUAAUUAAAUUUGAAAUUUUAAAAUGUCCAGUGCAACUUAUUUAUCCCAAUGAGUUGGGGAUUCAUUUCACUGUUUUCUGGCCAUACACUGAUAUGUCCAGCUGGACCAGGAGGGAGAGGGUGUUUUUGCUGGCAAAGGGCUGUGGGUGGGUUGGGAGGGAAGAAAGGUGUGUCAGGCACCCUGAGGUUGUCACUGGGAUCUUGUAUUUGUGGUUAUUUUGCCCCUGCAGUUGAUGUACCUCCCCAUGUCCCCAUCUCUCAUUCUCUUAAUAAAGCCUUUCAUUGGA